AGUCAGCACCACAUAUUCUUCUGUUCGGCUUUGUAGUCUGUCUCUGCUGCUUUUCUAAUUGUUAUAAAAAAUUCAAAAAUUCUAAAUUAAAACAUAUUUAACAAUAUACUGCAUUCAAACAAAUGUAAAAUUUAAAACACCUAUACAUUGGAAGUAUAUUCAAUAGGUGCCAGAAAGAGGACUGUGUUAAUAAUAGUUGCAAGUGCAUUCAAACGACGUGUGUGGGUUGUAGCGAGUUCAGCGAGUGCAACUUCAUUAAGAAUUUAGGGGAAGAGUUUAGUUUUUCUUUGUUACUUGAAAACUUGAAAGUGAAAGAACCGCAAUGGCUGCCAAAGUUAUUUCGCAAGAAACUUUCGAUGAUGUCGUCAAAGAGAAUAUCAUCGAAUUUUCAAUGGACCCCGAAGAGGCUAAACAGGAAACUAUUAAACAAUUCGAAGCUCAAGGAAUCAAUUUGGCUAACAUAAUUAAAGAUUUGGACAUCAAUGCUGAUACCGGAAAGCCUAUUCUCAAUGAAACAAUAGAACAAUUGAAGUUGUAUUUAGAUGAAAAAUCCACAGACAAAGAAAAGUUAAUGGGACUAUUAAAGGUCAUUGAUGCCGAAUGUCAAAAAUCUAUACCACACCGAGUGUUGGCAGCAAAACACGAAACCCACACAUAUAUUUUGAAAAUAUUGGGGCAACAGUUGGAAACGCCAGAUGCAAUAACUGAAACGGAUCUCUUGGAGGCAGCUCUGAAGACAUUGAAUAGUAUAUACCACAUUCAGCCAGAUAUAUUUGAUGCCACAGCAAUGACAUACGUGAAAGCUCUUCUCGACCUGUUUGCUGACAAAGAAAAGGUUGUCUCCUUGACGCUGCAAUGGCUACAGAAAUCAUGUCUUAUGCAUGAAAUUAAUCGUCAGAAUAUUAUGAAAGCCGAUAUUGUCAAACACUUGAAACCUUAUGUAUCGAAAGAAAAUGGCAAAGUGUUGCGUGACGUUUUGGCUGUUCUACGGUUUUUGGUUUUGGAUGAUGAUAUACGAGUUGAAUUUGGUUGUGCCCAUGAACAUGCCCGUCAAUUGGCUGGCGAGUUCAUUGUAACUCUGACACAACUAUUGGGCGAGUUUCAGGAUGUUAACAUUUUGGCUGAUUUAAUGCUUACGAUUGGUUCACUGGCUGUUCGUCAAGAGUUUUGUGUGGCUGUUGAUGAAGCAGGCUGUAUCAAACUGGUGUUGCAAGCAAUGAGUGAUAAUAUCAAUUCUGUCCGUUUAAAUCGAGAAGCUCUUAAACUCCUACGUGCCUUGGCCGGACAUGAUGCCGUUAAAAGCCACAUCGUUCAAGGAGGAAUUGCACCUAUUCUCAAAGAAGUCAUCCAUACACAUAUGGCUAACGAGAACGUCGUAAGUGCUGCCUUAGCAUGUAUUUCUACAUUAACAUUGCGCGUAAAAGACAAUAGCAAGACAUUUUUUGACACCGGCAUUGCAGAGACUAUCGUUGAAGCUGUACGAAGUCAUCCAAAGAGUAAAAUUGUGCAGCGUAAUGGUGCUUGGGCUAUACGUAAUAUGGUUUCACGUUCAAGAGAACAAUGUGAUACUUGGCUUUCAUACGGCGUUGAGGAUGUCUUGAAUGCUGCCAUGGUAGAACAUCCAUCUGUUGUCACUGAUAUAAAGGCAGCAUUGCGUGACUUGGGCUGCAAAGUUGAGCUGAAAGAAGAAUGGACUGGUACUGCCGAAAAGAAAAUUCUCAAAUGAUUGAAUGGGCCCGAGGAAAACAAUCAAUUUGGUGAUGUCCAAAAAUUACUUGAAAUAUAGAAAAACUAGAGAAGAGAGCAGAGACACUGCCAAUAAUACGGUUAUUAAGACGAUGGAUACUUUGCUGGCGUAUAAACUCCAAACUGCUUUGAAUAACCAUUUAGUAAUUAACAUCCUUCACAGAAAAAUAAUUGAAAAUAUGUUUUCAUGAUACCACAUAAUUAACAAUGCAUACAUUUGGCUAAUAUAUUUUUACAGAAGGCUUUUAUAUAUCUUUAAUAAUAUCUUAUAAACAUUUGUAUACAGAAAUAUAUGAAUAGUUUCUAUAAAAAAUGAAA